CAGGAGGUUCAGCUAUUGAUAUAUUAGAGGCGAGACGCCACCUGACGGAGCUAGAAGGAAUCAGCCAGCCAUGCCUCCGGUUCAGAGGGAUAACCAAUUGGCUGAUAGAGUAACAAAUGAAAAGUAACUUGAAUCCACUGACCCGCUUAACCCUGCAUGUGAACAAUGGAAAGGAGUAGCCGUUCACUUUGAAACAGUGGAACAGGUAUGAAACAGCUCAUUUUGUUGUUGCCUUCUUUUAUUGCUUUGCACACCUAUUUCCAGACCAGUUGAAAACAGCAAGUUGUUCCUGUCUGAGAACACAGAAUCGGAGGUACAGAACAGCUUGAGAAAAUGGCGUGUAACAUACCUAACCAAAGACAGCGGACUAUGUCGACAUGUGGAGAAGCUCUAUAUGAAAUUCUUGGUCUGCAGAAGGGAGCGUCAAAUGAAGAAAUUAGGAAAACCUACAGAAAAUUGGCCCUGAAACACCAUCCAGACAAGAAUCCAGAUGAUCCAGCUGCUGCUGAGAAGUUUAAAGAAAUCAACAAGGCCCACACAAUACUUACCGACAUGUCAAAGAGAAAUAUAUAUGACAAAUAUGGAUCUCUGGGACUCUAUGUGGCCGAGCAAUUUGGAGAUGAAAAUGUUAAUACCUACUUUAUGCUGUCAAGCUGGUGGGCAAAGACCCUGUUUGUCAUCAUUGGCCUCUUGACGGGCUGCUAUUGUUGCUGCUGUCUGUGCUGCUGUUGCAACUGCUGCUGUGGACGCUGCCGGCCCAAAUCAUCGGUGCCAGAAGAGGAUUUCUAUGUGUCCCCAGAGGAUCUUGAGGAGCAGAUCAAGACUGACAUGGAAAAAGAUGCGGACUUGCCAGUUGUUCUCCAGCCUGCAAAUGCAAAUGAGAAAACACAGCUAAUCAGAGAAGAACCUCGAAGUUAUUGCAUGGACUCAUAAUAUUGAGCCCACUGAGGGUUCCCAGUACCUCCUCUUGGUUCAGCCAUGUCUCCAAGUGGUUAUGGGGGGAAGGGCAUGUAGCAUGAAAUGCUGUGAACUUUUCCACAUUUGUAUUUAAUUCUUAGGUUAGGGAAUACGAUUGCUACAUAAUUUUCUCAGUAUGCAGUCUCACUCUGAGUAGAAUUCCUGAUGAAACACAUUCCAUUUUGAUGAAUAAAGGCCUGAAGAGUU